AUGCUUGCGUCUUUUCACCUCCUUUAUAAACGUCCGUCUAUCGAUGCUCUGACUCGCGUUCAAUCAUCUCUCUCGUGGUUUCCUUCAGGACCGGAGCCUCCCACCGACAUAGUCUUCAGUGAGUUGACUGAAAAGUCUCUGACCGUGUCGUGGACCAAACCCAAGACUCCGGUCAGUGGCUUCAAGGUCACCUACACCCACUUGGAGGAAGGUGAGCCGGUGUCGGUGUCUGUGGACUCAGGCGACUCCAAUCUCCCCCUGUCCAAGCUCUCGCCCGGGUCUACCUACGAGGUCAGCAUCAUCUCCGUCCUCGGACUGGACGAGAGCGAUCCACUGAAGGACUCUGUCACAACUCUCCCCGACCCCCCAACAGACCUCAGAGCUGUAAACGUCACAGACACAACCGCCUUGCUGCUGUGGCGUCCAGCGUUGGGUGCUGUUGAUAAGUACGCCAUCGUGUACGGAGCUGGUACAGAUUCAGAGUUGAGGAUCUCGGUGUCUGGAAACACAGCAGAGCAUCAUCUGAGCGGUCUGGAAGGAUCCACCACCUACACCGUCAGAAUAACCAGCCAGCUGGGCAGCCAGGAGAGCUCCGAGGCCACCACCAGCUUCACCACCACCAGAGGUUCAGGCGGAGACGGCGAAGGACCACGAGAUCUUCAGGCGAGCAAUGUGACUCCUCGCACCGCCAUGUUGACGUGGAAGCCGCCCCUGAACCCCGUGGGAAGCUACAGACUGACGUACCAGACCGAAGACCAAGGGAUGAAGGAGGUGAUCGUGGACGCCUCGGUGACUCAGUACAACCUGAGCAGACUUUACCCCGGCUCGAAGUACUCUGUGCAGCUGCAGGCAGAGAGCGGAGGAGUGUACGGCGCCGCCAUCUCCACCGAGUUCACCACGGGCCCGCUGAGGUUCCCGUUCCCCACAGACUGUUCCCAGGAGCUGCUGAACGGCAUCAGGACGUCAGGAGAGCUGGAGAUCUUCCCUACGGGCAAACACGGGACGACCAUGAUGGUUUCCUGCGACAUGGAGACGGACGGAGGCGGCUGGACGGUCUUCCAGAGGAGGAAGGACGGCUCGGUGAACUUCUUCAGGGGGUGGAAGGAUUACACGAGAGGGUUCGGAGACGUGAACGGAGAGUUCUGGCUGGGACUCGAUAACCUUCACAACCUGACCACCAUGACCCGGAUGAAUCUGCGCGUCGACCUGCGAGACCAAGACGACGCGGUGUUCGCUAAAUACAUGACCUUUGAGGUGGCGAAGAGGAACUACAAACUGUCUGUGGGCGGGUACAGCGGCACGGCAGGCGACUCUCUCACGUAUCACAACAACCGGCUGUUCUCCACCAAAGACCGGGACCCCACGCCGUUCAUCACCCGCUGCGCCAUGUCGUACCGAGGAGGCUGGUGGUACAAGAACUGCCACGAAGCCAACCUCAACGGGCUCUACGGCAUCGACGUCAAACACCAGGGAAUCAUCUGGACCAGCUGGAAGGGCAAAGAGCACUCCAUCCAGUUCACCGAGAUGAAGAUGAGACCGGCGUCCUUCAGAGGAUGAAGAAUUAGAGGAAGAGGAGGAGGAGGAGGAUGAACUGUUAAACACAUGCAUGGACAGCAGUGUUGUUCAUUACAUGUGCUCAGACACACACACACACACACACACACACACACACACUGCAGAGAUGAAGUCGUAUUUUUUCAUUUGUAUAGAGGUCAGUUAUCAGUAUUUUACUGUAGAUUGUACAGUUUUUAUCUUUACUUCUUAAAGCAGGGCUGCUCCCACUUCUUUCUCCGUAUUUAAAGGGCCAGUUCACCAACAUGAGAACAAAACACAGCCAGCCGCGCCCUGAGUUUAAAGGUUGAUCGUAACGCUCCUGCAGAUACUCGGGUAUAAAGACAGAGUGUCGUUUACAUGGAGCGGAUGUUCGCAGCACUUUAGAGGCGACUGUCUUAAUGUUCACAGAGAAGGCAUCGAAGGGUUAAUACGAGGCGUAUAAAGGAACAGUUCCCCAAGAAUGAUCCAGAUUAUGAAUUCCACUGUUUUCAAUCCAGGACCAGAGCUCUAAAUGGAACUGCUUGUUACAUACUUUGUCCACAAGGGGGCGGCAUACUCCACACAAUGUUACAGAACCACACGGCUGCUUUAAAAGACAGAUGUUUGAUAUUAACCGCUUUAUGAUGGAUCGUCUACAACCACAGUGGCCACGGUUACAUGAUGUUUCUUAAUUCUGAAUUGAGGUUUACAUGGAAAACACAUUUAAUCGUCUUUAUUCCUCUUAAGGUCUGGGGGUUGGGAAGGGUUCUGAUUGGACAGGAGUGGCGUGACGUCCUGCUUCAACUAUUUCCACUUGUGUGUUUUUUACCUGGGUGGCGUCUCUGUCAGGGAAACCUCUCUCCAUUAACUCGGACGCUACAGCUUUAAGAAGGUCCACAUUUUGAUUCUUCUGUCCAUCAACUCUUUUCAUGAUAUCCAUUUCUUCUAAGGCUCCUGUUAAAUAAAUAGUCUCAGCUCGAGUCCAA